AUGUCUGAGGAGGGCGCAGCGGUCCCAGCGGGGCAGAAGUCAUCAUGGGGAAGCUUCAUCAAGCAACUGGCCUCGUUCAACGGCGACCUCUCGACCAUGACCGCACCAGCCUGGAUCGUGUCCGACAAGUCACUCACCGAGUUCUCCGCGUAUUGGGCUGAAAUGCCCAGUCUCCUCGUUGCCCCAGCAAAAGAGCAGGACCCAGAGAAGCGUAUGGCUUUGGUGCUCAAGUGGUUCUUGUCAACUCUCAAGCAGCAAUACGCCAGCAGAAACGAGAAGCUCGGCAGUGAGAAGAAACCACUCAACCCUUUCCUCGGCGAGCUCUUCCUAGGCAAGUGGGAAGACCAGGCUGGCGAGACCCGGCUCGUCAGUGAGCAGGUUUCCCACCAUCCACCCACCACUGCGUACAGCAUCUGGAACAACCAGCACGGUGUCAGGCUACAAGGCUAUAACGCACAGAAGGCCAGCUUCGGAACUACCAUCAAUGUUCGCCAGGUCGGCCACGCCAUCUACCACAUCGACCAGUUCAAUGAAGACUACAUCAUCACACUUCCCGCUCUACACAUCGAGGGUCUCAUCAAAGGCGCGCCCUUUGUCGAGCUGAAUAAGAGCAGUUACAUCGUUUCAUCAUCUGGCCUCGCAGCACGAAUCGACUACUCUGGUGCCGGCUGGGUAUCCGGCAAGAAGAAUUCGCUCAGUGCGAUCAUCUACCCACACGGCAAGGAGAAGAGCAAGAGCAGCGUUCUGUACAAGGCGAAGGGCAGCUGGACCGAUUCAUUCACCAUCGAGGACUCCCACGGUAAGGUGGUGGAGACCUACGACGCAAAGAGGGAGCCCAAGACAGAACUGCAAGUAGCGGACAUCAAGGACCAAGACCCCCUCGAGACACGACGAGCAUGGAAGAAGGUGGCAGACUCGAUCGCUAAGGGUGACAUGAACUUGGUGUCGGUCGAGAAGAGCAAGAUUGAGGAACACCAGCGUGCCCUGAGGAAGAAGGAGAAGGAGGCUGGCAAGGACUGGGAGCGGACGUUCUUCAGUCAGGCCAAGAGCCUGCCGAUCUUCGAGAAGCUCAUCAAAGAAGUGCCAUCAGGGAGCUUGGAGCAGGAUCAGACUGGUGGUAUCUGGGUGUUUGAUCAGGAGAAGGCCAAGAAUGCCAAGCCACCGUUCAGCCAGCUGAGCACCGAGUGGAAGGAUGGUCUAUGA